AUUGUAAGUUUUCUGUGAACUACAACAAGGAAGUUCCUUCCUGUCAAACUGAAAGUCUGUUUAGUCAGUCGAAACUGUCUGUACUGUACGUUCAGUUUGAGAAAUCUCUGUAUAUCUGUAUGAAGAAGCAAUUCCUCGUUCUGCCUGUUCAUCUCGCGUUGGAUAUGAAAUGGUCCUGAGUUCCUGAGAAGUUCGAGUUUUCUGUUUCCUCUAUCUGACCUGUUUACUCUGGCACUGACCAGAAACUAGAAAAAGGAUCACCAUGACCGCGAGUACGGAAAAUCAUCUUUGGUCCAUUGAAGAUAUUCUCGGUCAGGGAGCGACGGCGAGUGUCUACAAAGCCCGAACCAAAAAAACAAGUGACGUGGUUGCAGUGAAGGUGUUCAACAUGGCCAGCUACAGCCGACCGUAUGAGGUACAGAUGAGGGAGUUUGAGAUGCUGCGGAAACUCAAUCACGUCAACAUCGUCAAGCUCUUCACCAUAGAAGAGAUGCAGACGAACCCCAAACAGAAGGUUUUGGUAAUGGAGUACUGUUCAGGAGGAAGUCUUUUGAAUCUGCUCGAGGAACCUGAAAACGCAUUUGGCCUGCCUGAAUCUGAAUUCCUUAUAGUGCUGCACUGUGUAGUUCACGGGAUGAACCAUUUGCGUGAGAACGGGGUGGUCCACCGAGAUAUCAAGCCAGGGAAUAUUAUGAGGCAGAUCGGGGAGGACGGAUGCUCAGUCUACAAACUUACAGACUUCGGUGCUGCUCGGGAACUGGAGGACGACGAGAAGUUUGUGUCCAUCUAUGGCACAGAGGAGUAUCUGCACCCAGACAUGUAUGAGCGUGCAGUUCUGAGGAAGCCCCAGCAGAAGGCCUACGGAGUGACAGUGGAUCUUUGGAGCAUUGGUGUUACUUUUUACCACGCCGCAACCGGCAGCCUGCCUUUCAUACCAUACGGUGGACCACGCAGGAACAAACAGAUAAUGUAUAAGAUCACCACUGAAAAGCCAGAGGGUGCUAUCGCAGGGGUUCAGAAGGUAGACAACGGACCCAUAGAAUGGAGCUAUCAACUGCCCCACUGCUGCCAGCUUUCAGCGGGCCUGAAAAUGCACCUGGUCCCAGUGCUGGCCAACAUCCUGGAGGCCAAUCAGGAGAAAUGCUGGGGAUUUGAUCAGUUCUUUGCUGCUACAAUGGACAUCCUCCAACGUGAAAAAGUGCACAUUUUCUCACUUCAGCAAGCCACUGCCCACACCAUAUUCAUCCACUUUUACAACACUGUUUCAGUCUUCUUUGACAAAGUCCAGGCUCAGACAGGGAUUGGAGCAGGCGUGCAGCAAUAUCUGUUCCAGGGUCACCCGCUCAUCCUGGAGCCCAGCAUGAAAGUGAUCAACCUGCCGCCCACUUCCGCAGACCGACCCAUCUUUGUGCUCAGCAGACGAGCUGAGAAAAUCGCCGCACUGCCUCCCAGAGAGCCCGAGAUCCCGGCUUUACCCUCAAAGUUUGAUGUCAUGGCCGACUACACUUUCUCGAAGACCCUCGUCGGAGCGAUCCACCAAAUUCUCCGGACAACUCGGCUCCUGCACAAGCACAGAGACCUGAUUCUACAGGGAUUCUACAGUCACAUUGAAUGUGUUCGUAUUGAAUGCAAUAACACGGCACACAAAAUCACGAUGGUGAAUAUGAAGCUGCUGUCCUGCCUGAACACAGAAGAAACACUGGACGCACUAAGCCAGGUUCCGCUUGAUGUACCGAUUUCCUCGAACAACAUGCAGAAACUCCGAUUGAUUCAUGAAAAACUACCUGUUUACGGCAGCGGCAUCAGAGAAACGCAGAACAAUCUGCAACAUCUGCAUGCAGAAGCAGCCGAGCACUCCAAGACACUGACUCAGGACAAAUGCAUACAGAAGAUGGAGGUGUUUCUUGAAAAGAUUGUGGCUGUACACCGACAGUAUCGCAAAGACAAACAAAUUGGCAAGCUCAACUACAACGAUGAGCAGAUCCACAAGUUUGAAAAGCUUAACCUGUCAGCCCACAUUAAGAAGGUGAAGGCUCUGUUUCGAGAUGACUGCCUGCAGAGGUAUCAGGAGGUUUUGGCUGCAGUGGUGACAUGGAGCAGUGCACUGUCUGACAUUCAGUCAAAGUUAGAGCACUUCAGCAGUUUCUUUUUACAGCUAAUUGGGGAUCUACAGAUGUGUGAAGGACAGCAAACAAAGGUUUUGGACAGAGCGUUGGUCAUCGCACUUCAGAGACCAGCUGGAGCAGAGGCCAGUGAUGGAAUGAAGAAUCGAGACAAUAUGGUUCUCAGGAUGAAGAGACUAAGGGAUGAGAUGGAAACGGUGGCUCACGAGCUGCAAAAUAACAACCGUAUAAUAGAAAGUCUCAGAGCUUUCGACUCUACGCUGGCGCUCGAGCCGAGUUUACCACAACCAAAAGGGUCAUGAGGAUCCUGAAGAUCUCGUGUCCGACGUAAACAGCCUACAGUCGGAGCCAGGUAGGGCUUGGAAAAGGGGGAUGAUCUUGGGAACGAAGAAAAGAAAAGGUGACGCAAGAUUUACACGAUUUUAAAAGACUUUUCUGAACUUGUUGUGAAGCCUGACACUGUAGCUGCUCACGUCAACGAAUGAAACGUUCACCUGCCUACGUUCCACUACGGUUACUACCGUCUGCAUGUGGGAAAUCAGCGAUGAAAGCAUUCGAGGAAACCCACAAUCUGGUCACUUUUCAGGCUGGAAAAAUGAACUGCUCAAGAUUCUUCAUGCUGCAGAUUCAUUCGCAACCUACAGGAAACACUUUACUGUUGAUCUGUGUGUUUGUGCAAACGUCUAUCCAGUCUUCUGUUGUUGUUGUUGUUGUUGUUAUUAUUAUUACAAGCUAUUAUUAAGAGAAAACGCUGAGCCUCUUUGACUUGAAAAUACAUCAUUUUACAGAAUUAAACCCCAGUAUAAUGUUUCACAUUCUCUUUCACAUAAACUACUGAAUAUUGCAGAUGCGUAUAUUAUUAGAUCAUUAUUAGCGAUUCGAAAGUAAUUUGUGAUUUAUAUUUGUAUUCAAACCACAUCUGUACUAUUAUUGUCAUUCUUUCUUACUGUUAAUGAGUGACCACUUACAGUAUAUCAGUUUCUAGAUGCUUGCAUGAAAUGUCCUUCUCUUGUAAAUAACUAAAACAAACAUGUCUACCAAAUGAAUAAAUGUGAAUGUAAAUGGAUACGACCUCGGGAAAUUUCGCCACACCAGCACUUCUCCUGAACCCUCCAGACAUAAACUAUAUUAAAUAUUGAUGCCUCGGUUAA